AUGCUGCAAAACAACCUCCUACAGAAGGUUAGCCAAGACCAGAUGUGCACGGCUAUUGGUGUCAAGGUUGUAACCUCUAAUGAGAUCAUACUUCUUGCUAGAGCCGCCGGAUAUGAUUCCGUCUUUAUCGAUCUCGAGCACUCAGUGAUGAGCAUUGAGGAUGCAAGUAGACUAUGCUCCACGUCGCUCCUAUCCGGAAUCACGCCGUUCGUUCGAGUGCCGUACGAAUGUGGAAGUGGGUUUGUGCAAAGGGUUCUUGACGGUGGGGCAAUGGGCAUCGUGUUUCCGCACAUUAGUACCCCCGAAGAGGCGCGUCGCGCCGUUUCCAUGACCAAGUAUCCCCCAAAUGGUCAACGGUCCCUGACAGCGGCACUGCCUCAGUUUGACUUUCGGAGAAUUGCUGCGAAGGAGAUGAUUCCUCAAGUCAAUGCCGUAGGGUCCACGGUGUUCGUCCAAGUCGAAACCAAGAUGUGCUUAGAGAAUAUCGACGCAAUAGCAGCAGUCGAAGGUGUCGAAGUCUUGCUGCUCGGCGCCAAUGACCUAUCAUUGGAGCUAAGCAUCUUAGGAGAGUGGGAGCACCCGCGGUUUCGGGAUGCCCUUAAGUUAGUGGCUGCGGCGGCAAGAAAGUCGGGCAAGGUCUUUGGUAUCGCCGGGCUGUAUUCUCGACCCGAUAUAUGCAGACAUGCGGUAAGGGAUUUAGGUGCACGAUACGUCUUGGGCCACCUCGAUAUAGGGCUCCUUGCAAUUGCGAUGAACAAAAAUGUGGAGCAAUUGAGGAGUCUAGACACCAAGCCUUGA